GUAACAACAGCUCGUAAGCCCUUUCAGCUCAGAUCCCCUUUCAUCCUCACUUUGUUUCGCUUCUGCGUUUUGUCACUCGCCAACCACCCCCUUACCAACCCCCUCCCCCCCCUUGUUAUUCAUUGUCUGCUAGACAUCGUCACCGCUGGAGUCGAGCUCCACCUCGCCCUGUUUGCGAACGCGCAACGCACCUUAUUUACCUCGGUGGUGUGACAACUCCCCUCCUUAUAACUUGACGCGCACAAGUCGCAUGUAACAUCCUCGGCAAAUAUAAUACGAACUGCCCCUGUCGACCAGCCGAUAGAAUCCUCAGAAAACGGGUCUAUAAUAAUCUGUUACCCGUCCGUGGUGUUAGUGCACCAAGGAACGGACCGAAUCUCACCUGGAAUAUACCGACGGUGUUCAACUUGUCGAUAUGGGAGAAAGCGCACAACGCCCCUCUUCGGGGCCAGCGCCUGGCUGGAAGAACUUUUCAUGGGUUCUGUUAACAGCACAUUACACCACAUUUGUGCUGUUGUUACAUUACUCUCGGGUGAUGCCAUCAACUAAUGGCAAACGAUAUCUCACAUCUACCGCGGUCUUUUUUAACGAGGUUGUCAAACUUGCUAUCUCCCUUACCAUAGCGCUAUACGAAGUUUCUAAAACAGCGCCCCCGUCCGUUCCUGCAACGUCCCUUUUCUUCUCCCUCACGGCUGCUGUUUUCUCUGGUGACAGCUGGAAGCUUGCCAUCCCGGCCAGCCUCUAUACGCUUGCAAACUCGUUACAAUACAUCGCCCUUUCCAAUUUGCAGGCCGCACCUUUCCAGGUGACAUAUCAGUUAAAACUCAUUGCGACUGCUGUUCUUAGUGUGAUUAUAUUGAACAGAAACAUCUCACUGCGCAAGUGGGGUUUGAUGUUACUCCUGCUAGUGGGUGUCGGCCUCGUGCAGAUCCCCAUUAACGGUUCUGGUGAUGUUUCUCUCCAGGACGAGGCCGCCCAUCAUGCCUUUCCGCGAUCGCUGGAAGAAUGGAAAGCUGCUAAGAUAGAUCGGCCAAAUUUGCAUAAACGUUCGGCAACAUAUGAGGGCAUCGAGGAGGACAUGAUGACUGCCUUCCCACGAAUGAAUGCAGUUGUUGGCCUCCUGGCGACGGUUGGCGCGUGUAUUGCAUCUAGCCUUGCCGGGGUGUAUUUUGAAAAGGUACUAAAGGAUAGCGCGAAGUCGACGUCACUUUGGGUCCGCAAUGUGCAAUUGGCCGUAUACUCUAUAUUCCCCGCACUUUUCAUCGGCGUUAUAUUCUUGGACGGCGAAAAGAUUGCUGCCAACGGCUUCUUCGGAGGUUAUAACUGGGCUGUCUGGUCUACGGUAAUUGUGCAAGCAAUUGGAGGAAUUGCAACCUCUUUUUGUAUUGGCCAUGCAUACCGAGAUACGAAGAAUGUCGCUACUGCUACAAGUAUCUUCCUUACCACGCUAGGAAGCAUCUGGCUAUUUGAGUUUGAACUCACUGGUAAUUUUAUCCUUGGGACGUUCUCAGUGCUUGUGGCUACAUAUCUUUGCGAAGAUCCGGGUGGUUCGGCCUCCAGUCCUGUCAAACGCCAGGGGCUCCGUCCGCCACCGAUUCACGUCGACCACUACGAGAAAGAUUCUAAGAGUGAUGACGUCUCGCCUGCUUCACCACCACCAAACGAGUUUUCGAUAAAACUCCCCGGGACACCGUUCCUGUCCGAUGCUGGCCUGUCGACCUCUAGACCCACUUCACCAGGACAUGUUAGGGUCAAUGCUGCCCGGACCGCAAGCGGCGGAUAUUUCGAUAAACAGCUACAUGAUCAGUGAUUUGACGAACGAAUACGAACUCACAUUUGUGGUGUAUAUUACGCUUUGCGUCGGUGUCACGUCCCAUGGAAGUAAAUAAGCAUGGAUAGAAGCGAAGCCUUUCUUGUUUUAUCUUAAACCUUUACAUACUUCUUGUGCAUGUGACUUUUCCUAUCCCUACUAUGUCUCUUCCUUUUGUUUUUCACUUCUUACUUCUCAGCUACUAAACGUCAUGUUCUAUAUCAUAGUAUAUAUUCGAUCGCCCCAGCUAGGCAUUUGGUCGUGUAGCAAUGUAUAAGUGUAUAGGGGAUUCAAGGUUUUAAAAUCUAUGAACAGCUCGGGAGCACCCCUAGCGCAUACUGAUGCUGUAUUCCUAGGCAGUUUCGCACGUGUUUGCCCUCCUUUCUAGGAUAAGUGCAGGUGACCUAUACUUCUGCACAUAGAUCGGUUCAUCUUUUAUUCAUGUCACAUCGUCUUAAGAACUCGUCCCUUUUUACUCCAAUCCUCUUAUCAACAUGGGAAGAAAAGCUUACAUGUCCUUUCCUGCUCCACGUCAUAUGGCUUCAUAUAGACGAACUACUGGUGCCCAGCUUUCAACAACCACCUGGCCAAACGUGAGCGAUGCCCUUGAUAAAAUAUUUGCUGAAGGAUCUCAAAGUUCGUCAAAUUUGGGCAGACUCCGAAGAGAGGAGCAUCAGGUUCAUACCCCUGGACCGGAGGCUUUAUCUCG